AUGGGGGUGCCGGUGCCUGGAGAGAACGGCCUCUUGGGCUCUCUCUGGAAGAGGCUGGGUUGCAGGAUGCGACCCCAGCAGCACCCGGCCGGCGACGGCCGGCGCAGCAUCGACGAGAUGCACCUGUUGCAGCAGAAAAGGAUCCAGGAGUAUCCACUUCUCCUGGCUGCCAAAGAGAAUAAUGUCCAGGCCAUCAGGAAAUUGACUAUGGAUGGUUCUUGUGAUAUUUUCCAAAGAGGUGCUGUGGGGGAAACAGCCCUCCACAUAGCAGCCCUUUAUGACAACCUCAACGCUGCUGAGGUUCUUCUGGAAGUGGCUCCAGAACUUGUCAAUGAGAAGAUGACAUCAGAACUCUAUGAAGGACAAACAGCACUUCACAUUGCAGCAGUGAAUCAAAAUGUAAACCUAGUGAAAUGCCUGCUCAAGAAAGGAGCUCACAUCUGCACGCCCCGGGCGACGGGACUCUUCUUCAGGCGCAACACCCAAAGACUCUUCUACUUUGGAGAACAUGUUCUGUCCUUUGCGGCCUGCACAGGAAGUGAGGAAAUUGUUCGUCUGUUGAUUGAAAAUGGAGCUGACAUCAGAGCACAAGAUUCCUUAGGCAACACUGUUCUUCACAUCCUGGUCCUUCAACCUAACAGGGCAAUUGCAUGCCAGAUGUACAGUUUGCUGCUGUCCUAUGACAAACAAGAAGGAGGCCUGAAACCUCUUGACUCAAUCCCAAACCACGAGGGCAUUACUCCAUUCAAACUAGCUGGAAUUGAAGGCAACACUGUGAUGUUCCAGCACUUCAUGCAGAAACGAAAGCACAUAUUGUGGUCCUUUGGUCCCAUUAACACCAUCCUCUAUGACCUCACUGAAAUUGACUCAUGGGGUGAAGAUGAGCCUUUUCUAGAGCUUAUUGUCUCAACCAAGAAAAGAGAGGCUCGUCGUGUCCUAGACAUUACGCCAGUGAAGGAGCUUGUGAACCUGAAGUGGAACACAUAUGGACGCCCUUACUUCUGUUUCUUGGCGUUAUUUUAUAUCCUCUACAUGAUUUGCUUUACUAUGUGCUGUGUCUAUAGGCCUCUGAAAGAUCGUCCAGACAACCAGACGGAUCAGCGGGACAUCACCAUUUUCAUCCAGAAAACACUGCAGGAAUCAUAUGUUACAUAUGAGGAUCAGCUCAGGUUGGUGGGGGAGCUGAUCACAGUGAUAGGAGCUCUGGUGAUUUUGCUUCUAGAGAUUCCAGAUAUUGUGAGAGUUGGAGCCACUAAAUAUUUUGGACAAACCAUCCAGGGAGGACCUUUCCACAUCAUUGUUAUCACAUAUGCAUGUAUGAUCCUGGUGAUCCUGGUAAUGCGCCUCACAAGCACCUAUGGAGAAGUGGUCCCUAUGUCCUUUGCCCUGGUGCUCGGAUGGUGUAAUGUCAUGUAUUUUGCAAGGGGGUUUCAGAUGCUUGGUCCCUUCACCAUCAUGAUACAGAAGAUGAUAUUUGGCGACUUGAUACGCUUUUGUGGGCUAAUGGCUGUUGUACUUCUUGGCUUUGCAUCAGCUUUCUACAUCAUCUUCCAGACAGAAGAUCCCACGAGCCUAGGACAGUUCUACAGCUAUCCCAUGUCCCUUUUUACCACCUUUGAACUGUUCCUUACCAUCAUUGAUGGGCCUGCCAAUUACGACGUGGACCUUCCCUUCAUGUACAGUGUGGUGUACUUUGCUUUUGCCAUCAUUGCGGCUUUGCUUAUGCUCAAUCUACUGAUCGCCAUGAUGGGUGACACCCAUUGGCGUGUGGCAAAUGAACGGGAUGAGCUUUGGCGGGCACAGGUUGUGGCCACUACAGUCAUGCUUGAGCGGAAGCUGCCACGGUGCCUCUGGCCUCGCUCUGGUAUCUGUGGACACGACUAUGGGCUAGGAAACAAGUGGUUUCUCAGGGUGGACGAGCGCGUGGAUUCCAACAAACACAAGGUGCUUCGGUAUGCAGAGGCCUUCAAGAGCCAGGACAAAGAGCAGCUCGAUAGGCACCUCAAGAAGGAGCCAUCUCCAUCUGUCUCGAGGAACACAUCUGGGAACAGUUUCCAUCGUGGUUGGCAAAUCCUGCGGCACAGCACCUUCAGACGCAUGCAUGGGGAAGUGAAUCCUGCCUUAGAAGAAAAGGUCUACCAUGUCUGA